GUGAAUGACGUCACACAGGUCCCUUUACAGCUGGGGAAGUCUCUCAGCCUUGAGAAAGCUGCACGUGGUUGUCCUAUCUCCUUAUGCGACUACCAGAUAAAAUAUUGCUCCCGUCCUGGUCACCUUGUUGAAGAAACCUUUUAUAGCAGUGUUCCUCUCGAUGGAGAAAAUGACACGCUAAGCACAGGAACUAUGGCACUGAUGUUGGAUAUGCUUGCUAUGAAAGCUAUGUUGUCCUGGCAAAAAGUGAACUAGGAUGACCUAGCGUUCCCGAAGGCUGGUUAUAAUGGACACGCAAUGAAAGAGAAGCGGGGAAAAAAGUGAAUCGGCCGUAUUGAAAGGGAGCCUGCGUCUGUUAAACAUUUCUUCUUCGUGGUUCUGCUCUGUGGACUUUGUGGACUUUGUUUUUGGACAUGGUGAUGAUUGAGUUUGCUCCCCUACGUAUUCCUUUGAACAGGAGACUGGAGACUGCCGCUGUCUUGCAAUGGGUCUUCUCUUUCCUCUUCCUCGCUCAGUGCUGUAUGGUCCUGUACGUCCUGAGUGUCCUCAGCGGCUACUGGCAUUGUGCUGCCCUCUAUGGGCUGUGGCUGUACCUGGAUUGGGACACGCCGCAGUGCGGAGGCAGGAGAUCCGCAUGGGUCAGAAACUGGAGGAUUUGGAAAUAUUUCAGAGACUACUUCCCCAUCCAUCUUAUAAAAACCUGUGACCUGGACCCUGGGAAAAACUACCUGUUUGGAUUUCAUCCUCAUGGCAUUCUGGUGGCUGGGGCCUUUGGGAAUUUCUGCACGGAGCACACAGGAUUCAGGGAGCUCUUCCCUGGCCUGACUCCAUACCUCCAUGUACUUCCCUUCUGGUUCCGUUUCCCUUUCUUUCGAGAGUACAUCAUGUCUGCAGGUGUGGUUUCCUGCUCCAAGAGAGCCGUUGCACACGUGCUGGGUCGAGAAGGAGGAGGCAGUGUCUCUGUCAUCGUGAUCGGCGGAGCCGCGGAGGCCUUGGAUGCGAGGCCUGGCAGUCUGAUUUUGGAAGCGCUCCACAGGAAGGGCUUCAUCAGGAUCGCUCUCAAGUGCGGAGCACACUUGGUCCCAGUGUUUUCCUUUGGAGAGAAUGAGCUCUUUAACCAACUGAAGAAUCCUAAGGGAUCAAUAGUGAGGACUAUCCAGGAAAGGCUACGGAAGAUGAUGGGGUUCAGUUUGCCAAUCUUUCAUGCCCGAGGGGUGUUUCAGUACAGCUUUGGUUUCAUGCCCUACAGAAAACCCAUCUACACUAUAGUAGGGAAGCCCAUUGAAGUGGAACAAAAUGCGAACCCUUCAGCUGAAGAGGUGGACAAGCUGCACAGCAAGUACCUGGAGGAGCUGACCCAGCUGUUUGAACAACAUAAGGCCCAGUAUGGAAUACCCCAGCGUGAUCAUCUGAUCUUCACUUGAGUACAGGCUUAAAUACAGAGACAUUAUUUUAGACUGUAUGGGAUUAAUAAAAGUUUUAUAAAAUA